CCCGCAGCAGCAGCCGCGCCUUUGCCUCCCCUCCCUUUGCCUCCUCCCCAUCCAUCUCCCACCAGGCCGCCACCUCCCUCGCUCGCAUCCAACAUUCGUGCACCAAAGCCGGCUCCGGCGCCCGCCCCGCCGUCAUGUCCGUCCCCGGCGUCGCCUCCCCCGCCGCCGAGCGUUUCUAUUGCCCGCCGCCCCGCCGCCACCUCCUCAACAAGCAGCAGCACCCACCAACAGCAGCGGCGGCUGCGGCGACGGGGGCCGAACAGUCGGCGAAGCCAACGCCCGAGCUACGGAGGGACCCUCCCCCGCCGCCGCCGGCGACCAACCUCGAGAGCUUCAUGGCCUCCACCGCCGUCUGCGUGCCUGCGCGGCGCCUCCCCCGAAUGAGCACACGGGAAAGGGGAACAGGCGCGGCGUACUACGAGCUUGCAGAUCUGUGGGAAGCGUUCGGGGAGUGGAGCGCAUACGGUGCCGGCGUGCCGCUGUUGCUCAACGGCGCGGACGGCGUCGUACAGUACUACGUGCCCUUCCUCUCGGCUAUCCAGCUCUAUGCCUCGACCUCGCCGCCGCCGCCAUCCAGUAAGAGACGAUUUGGUGAAGACAGUGUUGGUGACAAUGCCCCAGACCCAAGCAGUGAUGUAAGCAGUGAGAGUGACAAUGAAAGGUCCAUUGGAAUAUCAGCCCAGUGUUUAGCAGACAAUAUUUGCACUGAUCUUGAAGGUUUCUCCAGUGAUGGCAAUGAGUCUGGCAAGCAGGAAAAGUCCCCUGUUUUCCAAUACUUUGAGCAUGAUGCACCAUAUGGAAGACAACCUUUAGCAGAUAUGAUUUCAGUUUUUGCAAGUAAGUUUCCUGAUCUGAAGACAUACAGGAGCUGUGACCUUCUGCCACCCAGUUGGAUUUCUGUAGCCUGGUAUCCCAUAUACCGGAUACCGACAGGACCCACGUUACAAGAUCUGGAUGCUUGCUUUUUAACAUUCCAUUCACUGUCAACAGCACCUGACUGUAAGUUAAGUGGGCGUCCUGAGACAAAUAACUUCCAUAGCAAUACAAUUGCUGAUAUUCCAGGGAAGAUCACCUUACCUCUGAUUGGUCUAGCUUCUUACAAAUUUAAUGGUUCCAAGUGGAUGUCAAAUCAGCACCAUGAGCAGCAGUUAACUACAUUGCUUCAGAAAGCUGCUGAUGACUGGCUUUGCCAGCGGCAAGUGGAUCACCCAGAUUACCGCUUCUUCCUCUCACACUAAAAUGCAUCUAUAUGCAAGAUACCUACGUUUUGCUGAAUACCACAGCUCGAUGCCCACUAAUUAAUGUUUUAAUAUUAUCAUUGCCGGGGCUUCAUUUACGUUACAACCCUGUAUUGAUAUAUAGGUCAGGAUUAGUUGGUGAUUGUUUUGGAGUUUUGUUGUAGGGAGCUAGUUAGACAUAGACCUCCUAAAUUAUUUCUGGGUAGCAAAUAAGGCGCUUCAGGAUGGAUGGUGUGCAGCUGAGCUAGGUAGGCGGUGGAUUGAUUGGAGGGAUGUACAUCGGUUUGCUUCGAGAUGGUUCUUAGAUAUAGUGACGAUGACGAUAAUAAAUUAUGUUCAAACAUGUUGAUUUUCGUUGGGACAUCUUUGGUAGCCCUCAUUGGGUUUGAUAUAUUGUAACCUAUAUGCACGAGGAGUGCGAGACUAUAAUGAUAUAUCUACUAGUUUGAUAGAUUAUA